AGUUGCAAGCCUUGCAUGAAAUGGUCCAACAGAAAGUUGUGACUUUGCUAAGUGACCCAGAGAAUAUUGUGAAACAAACACUGAUGGAAAAUGGAAUAACACGUCUGUGUGUCUUUUUUGGACGUCAGAAAGCCAAUGAUGUUCUUCUAUCUCAUAUGAUCACUUUCUUAAAUGAUAAGAAUGACUGGCAUCUUCGAGGAGCUUUCUUUGACAGCAUUGUUGGUGUUGCUGCUUACGUUGGCUGGCAAAGCUCAUCAAUACUCAAACCUCUGCUUCAGCAAGGUCUCAGUGAUGCUGAAGAGUUUGUCAUAUAUAAAGCCCUCAAUGCACUUACUUGUAUGUGCCAGUUGGGGCUCUUGCAAAAGCCUCAUAUUUAUGAGUUUGCUUGUGAUAUUGCACCUUUCCUAUGUCAUCCUAAUCUUUGGAUACGUUAUGGUGCAGUUGGGUUUAUCACUGUGGUAGCACAGUAUUUGAACAUUGCUGAUGUCUACUGCAAGCUAAUGCCAUACCUCCAUCCUUUUAUCACACAACCAAUAAUACAGAUAGAUAAAGAAAUAGUCUUGCUAAGUGUACUUAAAGAGCCUGUCAGCCGUUCCAUAUUUGAUUAUGUCUUAAGAUCAAAGGAUAUCACAAGCCUCUUCCGACACCUUCACAUGCGACAAAAGAAGAGAAGUGGAGCUCUCCCUGACUGCCCACCCCCAGAGGAUCCUGCCAUUGCACAGCUGUUGAAGAAGCUUCUUUCACAAGGGAUGACUGAGGAGGAAGAAGACAAACUGUUAGCACUGAAAGACUUUAUGUUAAAAUCAAAUAAAGCUAAAGCAAAUAUAGUGGAUCAGAGCCACCUGCAUGACAGCAGUCAGAAAGGAGUGAUUGACUUAUCAGCUCUGGGAAUAACUGGGAGACAAGUGGAUCUUGUUAAAACGAAGCAGGAGCCUGAUGACAAACGUGCUAGAAAACAUGUAAAGCAAGAUUCAAAUGUAAAUGAAGAAUGGAAAAGCAUGUUUGGGUCCCUGGAACCACCAAACAUCUCCCAGCCAAUAUCCAAAGGACAUGGACAAACUACUGAUCCUGAAGCCAUCCAGGCUGGGAAGCCACUUCGUUCAGAGUCCUCGGCUGGCAUUUGUGCCACUUUGUCAUCCUCCCCGCAGGCAUCUGAUGGAACAGUUGUUCAACCCAGGAAACCCACCAUGCAGGUACUGAGCAGUACAGCGUCCCCAUCUGCACACCAGCUACGCAUCACCACGUGCAAAACCGAACUUCAGCAGCUGAUUCAGCAGAAGCGAGAGCAGUGUAAUGCAGAGAGACUUGCCAAACAAAUGAUGGAGAAUGCUGAGUGGGAGAGCAAGCCCCCACCUCCAGGAUGGCGUCCCAAGGGAUUGUUGGUCGCUCACCUUCAUGAACACAAGUCUGCAGUGAAUCGCAUUCGGGUCUCUGAUGAGCACUCCAUUUUUGCCACUUGCUCCAAUGAUGGCACAGUAAAAGUCUGGAACAGUCAAAAAAUGGAAGGAAAAACCACUACAACCAGAUCAAUUUUGACCUACUCUCGAAUUGGAGGACAUGUGAAGACACUUACAUUCUGCCAGGGCUCACAUUACUUGGCUAUAGCUUCAGAUAACGGUGCCAUCCAGCUUCUUGGUAUUGAAGCUUCAAAGCUGCCUAAAUCUCCAAAAAUUCAUCCAAUACAAAGCAGGUCCUUAGAUCUGAAGGAUGAUGGCUGUGUGGUAGAUAUGCAUCACUUCAAUUCCGGGGCCCAGUCAGUACUGGCUUAUGGUACAGUUAAUGGAUCUCUGGUUGGAUGGGAUUUGCGUUCUAGCAGCAAUGCUUGGACACUGAAGCAUGAUUUGAAGUUGGGCCUCAUAACUUCAUUUGCUGUGGACAUACACCAGUGCUGGCUGUGUAUUGGAACAAGCAAUGGUACCAUGGCAUGCUGGGACAUGAGGUUUCAGUUACCUAUCUCCAGCCACUCUCAUCCUUCCAAGGCCCGAAUCAGACGCCUGCUCAUGCAUCCUGUCUAUCAGUCCUGGGUAAUUGCAGCUGUUCAAGGCAACAAUGAAGUCUCCAUGUGGGAUAUGGAAACUGGUGAUCGACGCUUCACUUUGUGGGCCAGCAGUGCACCACCUCUCUCAGAACUGCAGCCUUCUCCUCACAGCAUCCACGGAAUAUACUGUAGUCCGGCGUCUGGUAAUCCCAUAUUACUGACAGCAGGCUCAGACAUGAAAAUAAGGUUUUGGGAUCUAGCCUACCCUGAGAGAUCAUAUGUUGUUGCUGGAAGUUCUAAUUGCCCAUCUGUUUCCUACUACAGGAAGAUAAUUGAGGGCACAGAGGUGGUUCAGGAAAUUCAGAACAAGCAAAAGAUGGGCCCCACUGAUGAGACCCCUCGGAAGGGGCCAGAGUCUCUCCCAGUUGGACAUCAUGAUAUUAUCACAGAUAUCGCAACUUUCCAGACCACACAAGGGUUUAUAGUAACUGCAUCAAGAGAUGGAAUUGUAAAAGUGUGGAAAUAAAAGCUGUACUAAUAUAUAGUAUGUAAAUAUUUGUAAUAAAGAAAUAGUGUUAUAAUGAAGUUUUCAAGGACUGUUUCCAGUUAAUGGAAUGGAAUGGACUUUAAAGACUAUAAAGGCGAUGAUAAAAUCAGUUACCUGUAUCCUACCACCCUGUUAGCACUUCUUAAUCACUUAUAUUAAGGUUUAUUGGUAUCUAUAGCAUUUCCUUGAGAUACCAAACAAUCUGUGAAGAAAUCAUUUAGCCUGGAUUUAACUGCAUUGUUCUUCAAGAAUCAGAAAAUUAUUUAAAUAUGUCCCACAUUACACAUUCUAAACGUGCACAAAGCAAAGAGCUGGUACAAGUACUUCAGUGUCUCACUGCUCCUGUGUUGCAUCUGAGAAAUGAAAUGAGAAUCAGUGCACUAAUGUCCCUGUACAUUCUAAUAACUGUAAUAAAGUCCACUUGAGCUUC